AUGACGAUGGGACGGGGUCGGACGAACAAACGGACCGGCUUGUCCCAACCAUCACCCCCAAUUCUCGAUGAACCCAACUUUCCUCUCGCCUCGGUAGAACAAUCGAGCCGUAUCAUCAAGGACCAUGAGAAGGAGAUUGCCGAGGCCUGCGCUCAGGACUUGAACAAGCCGCGCUUUGAGACUGAAGUCGCUGGGAGCGACUGGCUGCUCAACGACAUUGUAUUCACCACUCGCAACCUACAUAAGUGGGUGAAAGACGAGAAGGCCCCUGACAUCGAUCUCAUUUUCAAGUUCAUGAGGCCCCAGAUUCGGAAGGAUCCCCUUGGUUGCGUGUUGGUGAUCGGGAUCUUCUUCACAGGUGGUGCUAAUGUCGGCCAUAUCAUCGCCAAGGCAGCGGCACUUCACUUGACGCCUGUGGUCCUUGAGCUAGGUGGUAUUAACCCAGCCAUCGUCAGCAAGACUACUAACCCCCGCCUCGUUGCGUGCCGCAUGCUUUGGGGCAAGGUUGUGAACGCCGGCCAGCUUUGCACUUCACAGAACUACCUGCUUGUCGAUAGGUCUCUUGUGCCUCAGGUGGUGGCGGAAUUCAAGAAGGCAUAUGAGGAGUUUUACCCCAAAGGUGCUAAGAUGUCGUCUGACUACUCACGCAUCAUAAAUGCGGGCCAUUUUCAGCACCUAAAGUCUAUGCUUGACAACAGCAACGGCAAAAUUUUGGUUGGUGGCGCCAUGGAUGAGAAGGACCUCUUCAUUGAGCCCACAAUUGUCCUAAGUUGA